AACUGCUUCGAGCUCUACAUCCCCGACAACAAGGACCAGGUGAUCAAGGCCUGCAAGACGGAGGCGGACGGGCGCGUGGUGGAGGGGAACCACACCGUGUACCGCAUCUCUGCCCCGACGCCCGAGGAGAAGGAGGAGUGGAUCAAGUGCAUCAACAAGUUCGUGGGCAGCGAGGAGGCCGCGGCCGUGCUGGACGAGUUCUUCAAGCAGCAGGACGUGCUGGAGCUGGGGCUGGGGCUGAGCCCUGCCGGGCAGCUCCUGCCGACCGCUGGCUUCCCACCCGCCCUCAGGGGCAAGGACGUCUACUUCGUGAGGAAGAAGAGGGAGAACAUCACCCAGGAGAACUGCAAGAGCGGGCUGCUGGUGGGCGACGUCGGCCCCUCGCCGGUGGAGCAGCUCGGCACCGUGAUGGAGGAGACCCGCAGCUUCCUGAGCCCCGAGGAUGUGAUGAAGGGGCUGCAAGGAGAAACCGAGGAGACCCUAGAGGGAAUGAGACUGAGCGUUUCCACCAUAGAGAAGCUCUUCCAGUCCUACAGCACUUACUGCUCCGACCUGAUGCCCACGUUGUUCCCGGAGGAGUCGCAGCUCUGGGAGCUUCCCCCCUCUCUCAUCUUCAGGAGAACGGACUCCUUCUUGCACAGGCUCAGGACCAUCGAGGUGACAGCACGGCGUUUUGGGGCGCGGCACCAGGUGCGAGAGCUCUACCGGACAGCCGACGAGUUUCUGAAGCUGGAGAAGGCAGAGCUGGGAGAAGUGAGAGGAAACGUCCUCGGGAGCCGGGUGUUUCAGAUCUACGAGGAGGUCUCUGAACUCGUUAAGGGCUUUGCUGAUUGCAAAUACGAUCCCUUGGAUCCUGCAGAAGAGCAAUGGGACAAAGACUGCAAAUUUGCAGAGUUCCAGAAGAAGCUGCAGGACAAGGACAGGCGGCUGGCCACCGUCUUCUGCCAAGGCUCCGAGGACUGCAACUGCCUGGCAUCCGCUGUGAAGAGCAUCUCACUGUCCGUGUUCCUGGCGCAGCCCGAGGUCAAGGUCUCCAUCAGCCAGUUCAUGUCCUACGUCCACAGGAGCGUUAAGGAGAUGUCCGAGACCUACCUGGCCCGAGCUCACUGCCAAGAUCGAGAGGCUGGAGAAGGGGCUGAUGAAGUUGCAGAGCACAGUGUCGCAGCGGUACAGGAGGGGCUGCUGUUGCAGAAUAUCCACCUCGUGGCACGGUGGCUGGGCACACUGGAGAAGCUGGUGGAGCGGCACAGCCUGGGCAGCCACACCGACUACCGGGUGUUCAUGAGCGCCGAGCCAGCCCCCAGCCCCGAGGCACACAUCAUCCAGCAGGGACUGCUGGAAAACNUCUUUCUUUUAAUAAACAGCCCUCCGUUCUCCCCUGCCAGCACCCGUUCAUUUUCAAUGGAGGGAUGGCUGAUCGCGAUAUUCACUCGUUCACUUGCAAACCCACUCUCGCUUUUGUCCCCACUGCAGGACACGCUAGGGAUGUGCAGCAAAGAAACCCAGUUCAAAUGCGUCCUGUUUGCACUCUGUUAGUUCCACGCAGUGGUGGCCGAGCGGCGCAAGUUUGGCCCUCAGGGCUGGAACAGAUCUUACCCCUUCAACAGCGGUGACCUGGCCACAUCCAUCAACGUCCUGCGCAACUGCCUGGAGGCCAGCCCCAAGGUACCCUGGGACGACCUCCGGUACCUCUUCGGUGAAAUCAUGUACGGGGGGCACAUCACAGACGACUGGGACCGCCGGCUGUGUCGCACCUACCUGAGCGAAUACGUCCGCGAGGAGAUGCUGGCAGGGGAAGCGUGCUUAGCUCCGGGGUUUGUGAUCCCUCCCAGCUUGGAUUACAAGGGCUACCACGAGUACAUCGACGACAACCUGCCCCCCGAGAGCCCCUACCUGUACGGCCUCCACCCCAGCGCGGAAAUCGGCUUCCUGACGGUCACUUCGGACGGGCUUUUUCGGACAGUUCUGGAAAUGCAGCCCAAAGAAUCGGACGCUGGAGGAGGCGCGGGUGUCUCCCAAGAGGAAAAGGUGAAGUCAGUCCUAGACGAGAUUAUCGCGAGGCUGCUGGAGCCGUUCAAUAUGGAGGAGAUCAUGGCGAAAGCGGUGGACAAGACCCCGUACGUUGUAGUUGCCUUCCAGGAAUGUGAGAGAAUGAACAUCUCGACCCAAGAGAUCAGGCACUCUCUGAAAGAGAUAGACUUGGGCCUGCAGGGAGAACUAACGAUUACGUCACACAUAGAGGAGCUGGAGAACGCGCUCUUCUACGACAGCGUUCCUGAAUCCUGGACACGUUACACCUAUCCCUUUCUCCUUAGCUUAGGAGCCUGGUACGCAGACCUGCUCCUUCGGAUUAGGGAACUGGAAGUCUGGACAACAGACUUUGUACUGCCUGCAACAGUGUGGCUGGCAGGAUUCUUCAGCCCCCAGUCCUUCCUCACUGCCAUCAUGCAGUCCACGACCAGGAAAAACAAAUGGCCGCUGGACAAGAUGUGUCUGUCAGUGGAAGUGACCAAGAAAAACCGUGAGGAUGUAAAAGCUCCACUCAGAGAAGGCUCCUACGUGCAUGGAUUAUUCAUGGAAGGCGCUCACUGGGACAUCCCUUCUGGUGCGAUCGCAGACGCUCGGCUGAAGGAGUUGACGCCGAUGAUGCCAGUCAUCUUCAUCAGAGCCAUCCCUGCGGACCGCAUGGACACCAAGAACGUCUAUGAAUGUCCUGUCUAUAAGACCCGGACGCGAGGUCCCACCUAUGUCUGGACCUUUAACCUAAAGACAAAAGAAAACGCUGCGAAGUGGGUCCUCGCCACUGUGGCUCUGCUCUUACAGAUCUAAACUUCAAUGACUGUGGAAAACAGCAAAUGCUUUUACUUGCAAAA